AUUCUUCGGCAUCGCACUCGUGUUCCUCGUCGAUGGACUUCCCCUUCUUUUCCUCGUACAACAUCUUCCGCGGCUCUGGCAACACGUUCUGGCACCCGCCCAUGCUCUCGACAGCGGACCGUUCCCCGCCAUUCGCCUACUCCCCCAUGCUUCCUGAGGACAAGUCGCUGAUGGGCUUCCUCCACCUGCACAUGCUCCCCACUAAUGAGGCGAACCUGUACUCAAGCUUCCUCCACCCACCACGUACUCGCAUGCUUCUCCUCGGACUACACCAUCAACGCGUCUGCGGAUAUUGUGUCUUCAGGCACAUCACAAAGUGUCCUCUCAUUACGGCGGUAAGAUCUACCACUCCUGCCGGCCAGCCCCGUGUCCCGUUCCUGCGUGCUGCAUCUGUUAUUACGGCUCUAGCAUCGGUCAGGCCUCACCGUGUGCAUGGAAAGAAGGAACAACAAACCUUCACUGCAGCGGUACACAAUCGACUGUGCCGAAGUCUCUGA